UCUACCUGCAGGUGUGCGUUCGUGUGUGUAUUUAUGAAAGAGAUAAGAAGCAUGCAGACUGAAGUACAGAUGUUAUGAUUCAUUCUAUUUAAAGUUUGGCUCCCAGCACAUGACUACAGCUCACUAUAAUGACGUCGAAAGCACAGCAUCCUUAAGAUGGAUUAGUCAUGCCGCAUAGGGUGCACAGUGGGUGCGACUGCAUCGUGCACCUGCGCCUCUCAUCAGGAUAAUGAAACACAGUUGGUAUAAAAGCUACAGAAAACCUUGACAACUUGCUCUCCUAGCCUUUUCCCUAUUCAGUUGUACAGAAUUCAAACUGAUACCAACAAACUACAACUGUAAAUAAGACUUCGGAGACGCCAAACAAAAAAGAACAGCAACAAAACAAACAAACUUGCUGUCAAAAAAGACACUGUACACGAACAAAAUCGGAAAAGUGAGAAGGAACAUUAAACAGAAUCAACUUUAUGCUGAAGGUGACAGCUGUCUUUUCAAAACGUUUUACUACUUGAUCGAAUUGAUUGUUUGAUCGACUCACCUACAUCGUAUGGUUUUCGGCACGUGCUUUCCACCUGUGCAGUAAAGAUGGCUUUGACAAUGACUACAUCCCGCUGUUUCCUGAUGGCGAAAGUUCCUGCAUGGCUCAGUCAAAAUAAUUUAAGAACUUCGGCCUUUGCAAACCGAAGUAUUGGUUUACUGGAAGAAAGUUCACUCUCCCCCAAAAAGAACUGCCCAUUACGAAUGACUGUUGAGAAUCUGACGGAGCAGUGGACCAAAUCGGAGAAAGCUUCGGAAGAUUCUUAUGCAUCUACGAAACAAUUCCAUCAAGUUCCUGGCCCUACGGGCUUUCCAGUGAUUGGUACACUUCUUGAUUACUUUAAGAAGGAUGGUCUGAAAUUCAGCAAAAUGUUCGAGGCAUAUAGGCAGCGAUCUCUCCAGUUUGGUCCUAUUUUUAAAGAAAAGAUUGGUCCUAUUGAAACCGUUGUCGUCAGUGAUCCUGAUGAAUAUGCAAAAGUGAUACGAUCUGAGGGUCGUCAUCCAGUUCGCCGUCAGAUGGAGCCAAUGGUCUUUUACAGAGAGCAGAGAGAUUUAGAACCUGGACUUGUUAACUCGCAAGGAGAACAUUGGCACCACCUGCGUUCCGCAGUCAGUAAACACAUGCUAAAACUCCAGACUAUAAAUCGGUUCUCAUCACCAGUUAAUUCAGUCGCAAAGGAUUUUGUGAGAAGAAUACAUGAAAUUAAAGACAGCGAAAAUGAAGUGGCUGGAAUUGAAACUGAAGUCUUCAAGUGGGCUUUGGAAUCAUUUGGAACUUUUCUCUUUGAUCAAAGAAUUGGUUGUUUAGAUAACAACCCAAGCAAUCUAGCACAGGAUUUCAUAUUCCAUCUUCAAAGCUACUUUCGUCAUAUGCAGCCUCUCAUGUACAAUCUUCCAUUUUACAAGCUUUUCCGGACAAAACGAUGGAUUGACUACGAGACCCACUCUGAUGAAGUUAUGCGCAUUGGACGGCAACUCUUUGAUCAGAGAAUAUCAUCGUUGACGCCUGGCGAGGGAGUCAGUCCUUCAAGCUUCCUGGGCCAGCUUUUUUUUAACGAAAAUCUUUCAGCAACAGAAGUCACUGGAACUGCUGUUGAUCUGCUCAUGGCCGCAGUGGAAACGACAUCAAAUGCUUUGCUAUGGUGCCUGUAUUGCUUGGCCAACAACAUGGAUGUGCAAGAGCGUCUCUUCCAAGAAGUCGACAGUGUUUUUCAGUUGGAAGAAAACCUUUCGCAAGAGUCUCUUACACAGAUGCCUUUAAUUAGAGCUGUACUCAAAGAAACCUUCAGGUUAUAUCCUAUUACAUAUGCAACUAGUCGUAUAUUACCAAGAGACCUUGAAGUAGGUGGCUACAACAUUCCUGCAGGAACCCACAUCCAAGCAAAUUUGUAUGGAAUGUUCAGAGAUGCAUCAUAUUUCCCUGAUCCUGAAUCCUUCAAACCAGAAAGAUGGCUGAGAGGAAAUAUGGACUCAAAUCUUCAGUCUUUAUCAAACCUAAUUUGGGGACAUGGCCCACGAAUGUGCAUUGGAAGAAGAUUUGCUGAAAUGGAGUUGCAUAUUCUACUAGCUAAGCUCAUCCACUCUUUCAAGCUCAGUUAUACUGGUGAUGCGGUAGAACCAGUUUUAAACACUGUCAUGACACCCGACCGGCCACUGCAGAUCUCUUUUUCACCGCGUUAAAUCUGAAGAUGGUAGAUGUUUCAACUAUUUCUGGCAGAGACUGUUGCACCUUUAUCUUUCUGCAGAUGAAACUUCUUUCAUUGUUGAAGCUAAUUUUUUCUUUACAGCUGGUACACAAUGAGACAGAAGUAUUUUCAGUAACAGAUCUAAGAUCCAGAUUUUUUUAAAGACACAUAUUCUUUAAAUAUUACUUUUGGUCAUUAAGCACACUUCUGCUUUUGCCCCAGUACAAAAUCCUGCUCAAUGUGAUGAAAUUUAUCUUUUGUCAUUUGUAAUAUUUACAAAUUUAUUGCUUACAAUUUAGAAUUUCAUUUCUCUAACAUGGCUGAAUAUUUUAGCUGGUUAUAUAAUUCACUUUAGAAGCUGGGUUAUUAGUGAUGGGAAAGCUUGCUCCUUAAAACAAAUGUUUUCACUUAAAUAAUAAUAAAAUUAUAAUUGUUAAAAUCACAUAUUCCUUAUAGAGAACCAGUUUCCCUCCAAUGACCCUGGUAAGAGACAGAAAACUGCUUUGCUUUCCAUACUACAGUUCCCUAUUCCAACAGAAUCUCACUGCACCAGCCCCAGACCUGGUCGAAACCCUAAUCUGUGCACUGAACAGUGUCAACAGUAAUGCAAGCCCAGACUCAUAGGUCAUGUGCCUUACAGAUGUAACACUUUUAAAUAAUACCUAGAAAUAGUACUACAGCAGAUACCCUCACACUGUGGUAUUGAACGCAAUGAGCAGGCUGACAGAACUGUAAAGGAUGGGGCUGAAGACUGGCAGGACAAGGUAAAACAGAGAUGAAGACCAUCUAGGCUUUGUAGAGACCAUCCCAACCACCAGACAGCUGCCACCAUCUGUCAUGAUCAGAUUUUUUUGUUUUGCCUCAAAGCAGGGCACAACAUAGUUAAGCAUCACCUAUACAGGAAAAUACAUCUGAUGUCAUCCCCAAUGUGUUCUUGUGGAAAUAGAGAGUAGGCUCUUCCAAGAACUGAGAGCAGAGGUCUGGCCAUUGCUUUAAAAGCUUUACAGACCUGUGGAUGCUCUGCAGAUGACUGCCAGUUUCAUCUGAAGAGAUGAACUCCAAGUGUAACCAGGCAAAUGAUGACAAUUGUAGUGACCUUUCUACAAUAUUUUGAGAACUGAGAAGUUAUUGUAUGCCUGCUCUGUGUUACUGGAGUGCAUUAAGUGCAUUUAUUUAUUUAAUAACAGAAAACCAUUCUGGUUACACGCGCAUACCUAUAACCACACUUAAUAAAAAUUGACAAUGAAUAUUUGUAAAAGUUCUUUAGGAAUGUUAAAUCAACUUAUGAAUCAAGUUCGAGAAACAUGGGUGAAGCAAAAUUAACUCAGGAACCAGUAGAUAAGAGGUUGAUUCAUAUUAAUUCAGUUUCAUCACUCAGCUUGAACAUGCUGCAUUUACCUGGCUAUCAGUGACAAUCUAUCUGCUCUUCACACUACUCAGUUUCUCCUGUUUCAAUCCUGAUACCUCACCACAUGUACUUACUAUAUGCUCCAAUACAUGUUUCUGAAGAUGACAUCCAAACCAGCAGAUCAUGAAGUAUUUUGGAAAUGACCAUGAAACAAGGAUAGAAAUCUAUAUAUCUCCUUUAGUGUCUGCAGAACAGCCACUUUCUGUGGACAGAGUUCAAGUGUUAAUCAAUGGUUAGCAUAUCAAUACUGAUGCCUAGGUAUGCAACCACCUGUUUUGCUUUCACAUUAUUUUGUACUACAUCAUGGACUAGUGGGGAAUCUUCUAAAGUCUGUUCAUCUUUCUUUUAUUUAGAAAACAAAAUCCAUGCUUGUUUUUUUUUUGUCUUAAUAUGCCACAGUGAUCAGACCAGAACAGCAUAAUCUUGACUACUGAAAAUGAAGGCAACUGGUGUGCACAGUGAUCUUCUGGUCUCAUUUUUUCUAACUUUUGGAGACUCAAAGCAGAUCAAAAUAAUUCUACCAUUUUUUUGCUUGCUUGAUCAUGGCAGCCAAAAAAGCAAAACAAUCAUCAGAUUGUGUGAAAAAAAGUAAUUUCCAUCCCUUUUCCUUCAUCUGCAUUUUCUUAUAAUGCAGUAACAAGAAAUAAAGACAUUUUAAAACUCA